UCCACUCGAUGCCUUCCACACAUAGCCGUUUUGAAACUGGGCUACGCGUGAUAAUUUCGAGCUUGCACGGAAGACAGCCUGCGGUAUCAAACUUAUUCUGGACACAAAUUAAAAGGCCUCCUUCUGUUCCAUUGUUUUGGAGAGGGGUCAGUUAAAAUACGACGUGCAAGGCUACGCAUUCGUCUCUUUGUCACUAACAACGCGCACAUGCCAUGGUAAACCAACCUGUCCAAGAGGACGAUCUUCCUGGGAAAGAUGUUGCGAAAGAGUUUUACGCAAAAUACGAGCCCAAGGACAUCUUAGGAAGAGGGGUAAGCAGUACAGUGAGACGAUGCAUCAACAAGGAAACAGGGAAGGAAUAUGCGGCAAAAAUUAUCGACAUAAGUGCUGACAAUGAGGCAGGAGGUCCAACUAGCCUCUUAGUAUCAACCCGACGAGAAAUAGAUAUAUUACGAUUGGUCUCUGGUCAUCCACAUAUAAUUGAGCUGCGUGAUGUGUUUGAAUCUACAACUUUUAUUUUCUUGGUCUUAGAAUUAUGCAAGAACGGAGAACUCUUUGACUACCUGACAAGUGUUGUUGCCCUCUCGGAAAAGAAAACAAAGAGUAUUAUGAAACAGCUAUUUGAGGCGGUAGCUGAAAUACAUUCUAAAAACAUAGUUCAUCGUGACCUGAAGCCUGAAAAUAUACUCCUAGAUGACAACUACAACAUUAAGCUGACUGACUUUGGAUUUGCUAUACGGCUCAAGGAAGGAGAAACGCUUAGUGAACUGUGUGGCACUCCCGGUUACCUGGCACCCGAACUGCUCAAAGCGUCAAUGUACGAGGGUGCGCCUGGUUACGGCAGGCAGGUAGACAUAUGGGCCUGCGGAGUAAUUAUGUACACACUGCUCGUUGGAUUCCCGCCGUUCUGGCAUCGGAAGCAGAUGGUGAUGCUGAGGAACAUCAUGGAGGGGAAGUACGAAUUUUGUAGCCCCGAGUGGGACGACAUCACAGAGGCCCCCAAGGAUCUCAUUAGGCGACUGCUUGUGGUGGAUCCCAAAAAGAGGAUCGAUGCUAAAACUGCCUUGGAGCACCAGUUCUUUCAGGCUGUGAAACGCACUGCCGUUCAUGAAGCCGUCACCACAGGGAGGAAGUUUGAAGCCAAGAAGACAUUCAGGUUUGGAAUCCUGUGUGUCCGAGCCUUGAUACGAAUCAGGAGGCUGAAGUACACGCCAGAACCCCUCUCGCUAGAAAUAGCCCGCACCGACCCGUACCGUAUCAAGACUCUACGCAAGGUGAUCGACGCUUGUGCCUUUAGAGUUUAUCAUCACUGGGUGAAGAAAGGUGAAGUUCAAAACAGGGCCGCCCUCUUUGAGAAUCGUCCAAAGGUUGAACUACGGCAGCUUUACGAAGAAGGCAGAGUCAUGUGACCCUGUCACGUGCGGAUCUCAUUGUUCUUGUCGUAUCAUACCAUCACCACAGAUCAUGCCUAGCUUUUUCAAAGAGUGUUCCAUAAAAGUAGGACUUGACUCGUCUGUGUGCUCAGCAUGACUUGGCACUCAUCUUUUCCGGACAAAGCACUUAAUUUUUGUUCUACGCUAAUAGCGAAGAAAAAAGACAAAUAGUGCACGAGGUUGUGUAUUGCCUAGCAUAGUUCCUUUUCAGUGCAAUGUAGAUUUUUUUAGUUCUUGUUGUGUUGUUACUAAGCCUAAACAAUUAAAAAUAUGCAAAGCAGCUUUUUCUUUUUUUGGAUGGAGGGAGGGGGAAAUGCUUCUAAGAUAUGAAACUUUUAGUUGUAGAAAGUAACUACUUCAAUGCCCCUACAAUGAUGGUGCAGUUUCCCACUUCUCCUCCAAUCCAAUACGAGUUUUAUUAUAGUUUUUACCAUAUGUUUACAAAGCUGCAAAGGUGCUGUCUGGAGGACUGUUCUAUUUAUUCCUAAUUUAUCGCAAGGGCCGAAGUCAUCGAGCUGCUUGUAAAUAAAUGCUUAGCCAGUCUAGUCUUUGUCUUUCCACUGCCUAACAACGUGCGCUGUCGCAGUAUGUUACCCAAUUAUACUGGAAUUUGAAGCAUUUUUAUACUGCAACAAAAAUGAAAGAUGCAGAAAAUAAAACUUGUUGAGAAUCA